AUGCCGAAACGCCCUGCAAAGCGACGCCGGCAGCAGCCGCUGCCUUUUGCAAAUGCCACAUUAACGUCAGCGGCUAGGAAUGGACCGCGAGACAUGAAGGAAAGGGACAUGUGGCCAGAGCAAGUGAUCGCAGAUCUCGACUGCAAAGGCCUUUGGGAAAAUAUUUCAAGAAGCUUACAGCAAGGUUGGGUCCUGACAACUGACUAUAGCGGGAUAGGUACUGCAGAAGAAGCAGCGAGAUGCCUUAGCAUAGCCGCAGCUUGCAAAGCUCAUGGCGAAGGAAGGGUUCAGUAUGCAGCCCGUGUGCUGUGCCAGAGGGCUGGAGACAAAGAAGCGGAUUGCCGCCGAAUGCUCCUGGAGCGAAAUCAUGCUUUGACGCAUGGGCCUGUGUGCGUCCAUGGGGAUAUCGGAGAGCGGUGCGAUCGCAAAAGAUGGGAAAAUUUGCAUCGGAGUCUUCAGCGCUUGCAAGCCUCAGAAGUGUUGAGGCUAGACACAGAUCCAGCGAAUUUCGCGAAGGAUUGUUUUGGCCAGGUCAUGAAGCAAGAUCUCGUCGGAGUAGCGGCACAUUGCUUUCGACACGGCAAGAUGUGCUCCGUAAGCAGAACCAGGAGCGGCACAGAUGCCGCAGAAUCCGAUAAAGAUGCUUUGAAUCUGCACGUAGCGGGAUUCAACUGCUUUGACUGGUCACUUAUGGGAGGUCGGAAAGGCUGGUUUGGACUGAGCACGCCUGCAUUUAUGCAAUGGUUAGCAGAGCGAAUGCAGUUUGACGAAGAUGAUUGCAUUUUGUGCGAAAACACGCCUGCCUUUGAUUUAAAGAUGCUAGCGGAACUCACCGCUGAGAAGUGGCACAUGCAAGUGAUCAGUGAGCAAUUUGAUUCCAUCUUUCAGCGCAACAUCGUGAUGACAGCGGGAAGUCAAUUCCGAGCUCCGGAAUCAUGCAAACAACAGCAUGUCGAGGUUCUUGCGGAAGCGCAGAAACUACCUCCCACCACCGCGUCUGGCAAGCACUGGAGUUGUUAUCAAGCAGUGUCUGCCGCAGUGCGGUGCAAAAUAAAUGAACACAAGCAAGCAUUGCUUGAAAAGAGUGGCGAGACCUUGGAAGACAUGACAGAGCGGGAACGCCACCAAUGGACUGCGGACUUAUGUCAGCAUCCCCAAUACAUGGGGCCUUCAUGUGGCAACGUUCCAGCCUUGCUCCGACGAACCAACUUGUGGCUUUUUGGGCAGCGGCGACUUGCGCUGCCGAGUGAACACUUGGAAUGUCAGGGAUGGAACCUUUUUGGUGACCCUGCUUGUUUGUACAAAUCCCCAAUCACGCCUGAGCAGCUUCAAAACAUGAAGCCUGCACGGGUCAAAAGCUUUGCCGGGAACGGCAUGCAUCUGCAGGUCCUAGCGAGUGUUCUCGCAUUUACAAUUGGGGUAAUGGAGGCAGAAGUUUGA